AGUGAUUUGCUUGUUUCUGCAGCAGGCAUCACGUCUGUGUUUUUUUAAUUCGAUUUCUAUCCAUUGCUUGAAAAUAAAGUGAAACUAUUUUCCUUGAUUGAACAUUGGCAGUAAAAAGGAAUAAUAAACAAAAUGGCUAUCAGACUGCCAGGUCAUGUAAAUGUUCUCCUGCUGAUCUUUAUCUCCUUGUGGCAAGUACAUGCAACAGCACAAGAUGCAAGCAAGUUAUAUGUAUCAAGUUUAGCUCAAGUCAGAAGUUCCUGUGACAAAGAGAUAGAGUCACCAUCACUCACAUACCUGGUGGACACAACAGGCUCCAUGUCAGAUGACAUAAAGCAGCUGAAGUUGGUCAACAGACAGUUUCUGGAUCAAGUGGUGGCCAAAUUUCCUUGUCGUGUACGAGAUUAUACAAUGGUGGAAUUCAAUGAUCCAGAGGUUGGUCCCAGCAGAUCUACAAAGUCCAAAGAUGAGUUUGCUAUGUUCUUUGACAAAAUUAAUCCUAAUGGUGGUGGGGACUGUCCAGAGUUAUUCCUGCAAGGACUGAAGCUGGCUUUAGAAAUGUCACCACAGCACUCAUUUAUACUGGUCCUGACUGAUGCCUCUGCAAAAGAUUAUAGUAAUGUUGACCUUCAGCGUAGCGUCGAUUCAUUAAUUGAAGAGAAGAAGCCCAGAGUAUUUGUUCUUGCUACUGGACUUUGUGAAAGUAAAGAUAGCCCAGAAUUUGCAAUAUACAGACAUCUUGCAGAAAAGACUUCUGGGCAUGUGUUGCAAAUUGGAGUUGCUGAUAUUGGUAAAGUUUUUCGAUACCUGGAGAAAAUACUAAUCCGACCAGUUGACAGCACUCAGCAGUUAUUGUCUAAAAUAUAUGAUUUCAAAGGAACUCAUACAGAGCCCUUCACUAUUGAUAACCAUCUCACUUCAUUGAUGAUAUCAACUGAUGGCCCUGUUACCCACAUUGGACUUAUCAGUCCUGAAGCCACUGAAAUUCCAACAAAGAAAUUGCUGUCAGAAUCAUGGGGAAGUGUUUAUACAGCUGAUCGUCCAUUAAAAGGAGAGUGGUCCCUUAACAUUACUGCUGAAGGUCCACAUUCGGUAACACUUGAGGGAUUUAUAGGUGGAACUCAGUGCUCAGGAUGCCCUGCCAAUGCAGAAUGUAAAGCAGAUUGUAAGUAUGAUUGCAAAGAAGGAUUUGAUGACGAUGGGAUGGCCUGCACUGACAUAGAUGAGUGUAGCAAUGAAAAUCUCAAUAGCUGUAGAUUGGGCACUUGUGUUAACACAGUUGGUUCCUACAAAUGUCUUUGUCCUAGUGGUUAUGCAGAAGAUUUCCCUGGUGCUGGUUGUAAAGAUAUUGAUGAAUGCUCCCAGCCUGAAUUAAAUCAUUGCCACUUAGCAGCUGUUUGCACUAAUUCUGAAGGUAAUUACUCUUGCAGCUGUCAAUAUGGUUACACUGGAGAUGGUUAUCGCUGUGAGAAAAAUGAAUGCAUUCUCAGCGCUCCAUGCGAUGCAUACAAAGAAUGUAUUAAAGUGCCUGGCUCAUACAUCUGUUCUGACCCAUGUGAAAAUUACACUGUACUUAAUGAAUCCUGGAGAAGCAUUAAUGUACCAUAUGAUGCAUCUGAACCUGUUAAGUGUGACAAUAUGAAAAGAGGCUGGUAUCGAUUUGAAGGCCAUGGUGGACAACAAAUGCCAGAACACUGUAUUAAGGAAUACAACUGUGGAACUGUCGCACCAGUGUGGUUAAAUGGCUCGCAUCCCUCAAGCAAAGAGGAGAUAGCAAUUCGUAAAACAUGUGUAUCUCAGAAGCUGGACUGCUGUAGCUUUUCAAAUAAUAUAAAAGUGAAGGCCUGUACCAAUGGAUAUUAUGUUUAUAAACUAGAAGGAAUAGAAAGCUGUCCUCACUCCUACUGUACAGAUCCAAGAUUUUCCACAAAUCCAUGUGCAUCACUGUCUUGUGCUGAUGAUGAAGAAUGUAAAAAUUUAAAUGGUGUCUGGGGAUGCCACUGCAAAACUGACCACAGUUCAAGUUUAAAUACAGACACUGAUGGCCUGAAUCCAGUGGUGACAUGUAGCACUUCAACAAUCAAAGCGUCUUUGAAUAAAUGCCAGCUAGAGAAAAUGGGCUAUAAUACUUCAGCAGUUACACUGAUGGACCGAAAAUGUGCUGCUAUCAAGGAUGAAGGGGAAGGACAAAGUAUUUCAUUUAUCACGUUAACCCGCAAUGGUUACUGUGGAACAAGGCUAAUGAAAAAUGCAACACACGCUAUCUACCAAAAUGUAUUACAACUGUGGCCAAAAAGUACAGGUGCAAUCAACGCAAAGAAGGAGACCAAUGUCAGCUACAACUGUACAUAUUUUCUGGACAUGCAAACAAGUCUCGCUUUAGCAGAGAAUCCUGUAGUGAGUUCCAAUAACCUCACCGCAGGAAGCAGCUCGAUAUACAAAGGAAAGAUCGCACUAUACAGAGACUCAGCAUUUACAACACCAUAUGAAGGAACUGUCGCCAUUUUGAAUGAAUCCAUGUUGCACGUUGGGUUAAUGGUGGAAGAUGUAAAGGAAUCAGGACUUGUGCUGCUCGUGAAAGACUGUUAUGCAACCAUGACUCCAUCCGAUUCUGAUCUUGACAGAGUCUUUAUUAUUAAAGACGGAUGCCCAGCAGCCAAUGUCACAACAGCUGUCAUUAAUGGGAUACGGCUGCAAAGUCAGUUUUCAGUUCAGCACAUUGUUGUAAGCAACUUGGGACAAGUUUACCUGCACUGUGAAAUUAGCCUCUGCAUCAACAGUAGUGGAGAAUGUAUGCCUGACUGCCUGGGGUUUCGGUCCUCACAUAUGAAGCACACAAUCAAUGCUAAAAAAUUGACAGUUGGGCCCAUCUCUUCCAUAGGGUGGAAGGAAUCAUGUAUGGUGCAUUUAGUUUUACCACUGGUACUGCAUCAACUGUUAUAAUAGAAUUCGUGCACUUGAUAACUGUUGGAUUUUCAUUUGCAAGAGAUGCUUUGCAAUUUUUAAAAUGAUUAUAAAAGGAACCACAAUGACUCUACUCUGUAGCACAAGAAAAUUCUGAAUACUACGAGUUGCACUGUUGCUAAUGGCGGAGCUACAUUUAUAAAUCAAAAACCGGGACAGUGCAGAAAUUAACAUGGAGCGCAUUAAAGCCAUAAAGGAAAGAUAUCUGAAAGAUAUACAAAUAUGAACUGUAGCAGAUUAAGUGGAAAUAUCAAGAACUACAGAAAAAUAUGACAUACAUAUCGAAAUCCAUCAUUAAGAAUACUCUGCAAAACUUAUCUACCACUUCUGUUAAUGAGGUUAGCUUCAUAUUCUGAAUUUCUAAAGAGAAAUAAUUCUCCCUCCACCUGUCUUAAAAUUAAACCGUACUAAAGAAAUGAACCAGACAUGGUAGACCAAAACAAAGAAAAUCACUUCAAAAGUAUGGCAGAACAGAAUACAAUUGAUUGAAUGAGCCAAGUGUUCUAAAUAUCUUAAUCAUGACUUUGUCUCCUGCAGAAAUCUUUACAAUCUGCAAAAGAUUUUGGUUUUAACCUUAUGAAUUAUGUAACUGACUUUGACUUGUAUGUUAAUAUUUCUGAUUUGGUAGUUGAACUGCUAUUUAUGCUUUGAGAGGUACAUGCCAACUUAUUCAAUAUUACUAUUAAUUGGCACUGUAUUUUGAUUUAUAUGAUGCAUAUUUCAACACUGCACAGCAGUUUUAAGCAUUCAGUAUUACUAUUAAUUGACACUGUAUUCUGACUUAUACAAUGUAUAUUUCACCACUGCAUAGCAGUUUUAAGCAUUCAGUAUUACUAUUAAUUGAAACUAUAUUUUGUAUUACCGUGGUAAUCAUGGUAACUUCAUUUGGUUAUCACUUGCCAUUCUGCCUAACUGUUUCAUAUUACCCACUCACAGUUUCUUCUACUUCCUUUAUGACUUUUAUCAAAGAAAGCCUACAAUGUUUGCAAUGUCUUUGAUGCAUCUAAACAAUUAGCAGUACACCAAGAAUAACAUUUAUAGUGAAAGUAUUCCUCUACAGGUGAGGUACAACAUAACCACAGCUUUCAAUAACUGAUGAUUACAGCUUUGGAGCAAAACAUAAUAGGAAUUUCUUGGUUCUGUGGAACAAGUUUGCUUUAACUUCUUCUUAUACCGAUACUUGGUGCCAUACCUCUCAACCUCUUAGGGCAAGAAAUCUGAAUGAAUCCCAAAGUAAUGCGGGGACAAAUUGCCCAAAAAUAGGCACAGAUUUUAAAUAUUGCUCUUAGAAACUUAAAAAGUUGAUAGAAUAACAGGAUUUGUGUUAACUGUGCAUUUUCUGAAGGAUAUGAAGUCUGAAAUUCAAAUGUAUGUCAUCAUUUAAUGAUGUCAAUCCUGAGUGAUUUGCCAGAAAAAACUCAAAUUUUAUGUGGAACAGACCAAAAAUAUGAAGCAAAAAUCUUGGUAGUUGAGCGAUAUGCUUGGGACCAUGAAGUAAGGUGUGCUGAUAUAAUGUUGUAGAAGCUGUUGUUUACCAAACCCACAACAACUCUCCCCAUUGUAGCCAUCCUGCCACUACACUCUCACAUUUUAGCAGCCAGACCACCGUACUUCUUUCUCUCCAGUCUUCCCUCAGUACGUCUUGCUAUUGCUACUCUCUCUCUCGUAUGUGCAUACAAACUACCGCUGACUUUAUUACUUCCCCUUCAGUAUAAUAACUCAGUACAUAUUAUCAGCACUCCUUACAGGCAAAGCCUUUUACUCCAUCUUGUCUCUACGUCGCUUUCUCCUAUUAAGUGUUUUGUUUUUGCUUACUAUUCCUCUUCUUGCUCUUCGUAUUUAUUUAUAUAUUUUCUUCUGCCACUUGCUGCUCUCGACGUUCUGUUGAAGGCUCACAACUCUGCACAUGUGCAGGCAGAUUGGCUCCAUGCUAGCUUGAGUUCAGUAUCCACUUCCCUCCUGUUAACCAUGACUCCAUCACCAAACUUCAAAAUAUAAAGGCAAGAAACAUCUUUCAAAUGAAUAUUGGAAGCUUGAGCAAUAAUCUCCAACACCUACAAGUCUGGUUUCAAUACAACCAGACGUACUUGCCAUGUGUGAAUACUGGCGGACCUUCACUAUCCCAAGCUUUGUACUCAUACUUAACUUUGAUAUUUUCAGAAAAGAUCAUACUAUAGGGAGGGCUGGUACAGUCUUCAUAUUAGUUAAAAACAUCCUUGCCAAACUACGCAUGACCAAACCACAUUUCCCUUGAAGGGGCGGGGUCAAUCAUUUUCUGCAUGACUAAAAUAAAAACCUUAAUAUAGGCUGCCUCUACCUUCAUCAGAAGUCAGUAACUAAGAUAUAACCAUCUAUUCUACAAUAAUUUCAACAUUCUUUUGUUCCCACAAGCUAGCUUGAGUAUAUCAUAUUAUCCAUAUAUUUUUCUCAGUUUAUUAACAGCCCAACUAGAACACAACCCAGAACAGGCUCCAAGUUGCUAUACACUGGAUACUCACAAAACACCCCAACAACUACCUUAAAGUGGCAUUGUACCCAAUAAUCUCAGUCAACACAGUAAACAAAGCUCCCCACACCACUGGAAGCACCAUCAUGAUGAGGAACUGGAGCAAAGUAGCUUCUGAAAUUGUCCAGUUUAUUUAUUUAUUUUAUUUUACAUUUGUUUACUUGGAAAGUCCUACUGGGCAAGAUGCCAUUUUCAGUGGAGGCCCGGGGAGAAAAUCUCAACUAUAAUACAACUAAAAACACUUAUAGCAAUAGUUGUUAACUAACAGUAGUAGUUAUUAACUGACAACAGAGAAAUAAGUCUUGAUCAGGGGUAAGGAAAAACAAUUUGCAGUCAUAGGGAAAUUUACAUAGUGGAGCAAAAUACAGAGAAUAUGUCAACGUCAAAAAGUCUGUACUAAAUACAGAGUUUUAUUAGUGAAAAAAAUAACAUUGUUACUUUUCCAAGAAAAGACACAUUUUACUAAACAGUCCAUUUGGAAGUACUUCAGACAUGAGUAAAGCAGAAAAUACCUGGGCUAGUAUAGGAGGGAGAGGGAAACAGAAGUGGAAAAAACAGUAAAGUAGAAAUACAAGGGCUACGAAAGAGGGAGACAGAAAAGGAAAAACAGACAAAGAAGGCAUUGAGUGGAUUAGGAGAGGAGGGGGAUAGUGUGGAAGAAGACGGUGUAGAAAGAUCAAGUAUUGAGGGCUCGUCCUGGUGUAGUGCAGGAGCAUAGCCAGUUGUUUGUUAAGUGUUCCCUAAGAAGUAACUUGAAAUUGGAAGUAUUGGAGGUGUUUCAAAUGUGUUGAGAAACAGAAUUCCAGUUUUUUUGAUAUCUGGUUAGAGAACAGAGAGUCCCCAAAGCCAUUGUUAAUCUUAAUGACUUUUAGGAUGAGUUUGUAACAAGAUCUCAGUGUUCUGGAGUUAUUGUAUUCCUGAAUUAGAUUGUUGAGUGCAGGGCAGUUGUUAGUUUGUGGCGUAUGACAUGGGCAAUAGUGAGUUGUCUCAGGGAUAGUAGAUUAGUUAGUUUGAUCCAGUUUAGUUCACGAAUGGUAGAGCAGUGAUGAGAUAUGUAUGUCUGCUCAUAGCAAAUUAAGCUAUUUGAUUGUAACAUGACAGUAAUUUGUUUACUUCAGAUUUUCAGAAGUUAGUUAAGAUCGGGGAGGUGUAAAGAAAGGUGGAGAGGAUGUUGCUUCUGGCUAUGGAGAUUUGGGUGUUGCAAGUAAGGUAAGGCUUAGUUUUAUAGUGUUCCAAGCUUUAUAUGCACCUUUUUGAUGGAUAGUGCUAUGGGUUUAUCAAAUUUUAGGCUAUCUAUUGUUACUGCAAGGAGUUUAGUGUGAUCUACAGGUUCAAUUUUGGUUUUGUUGGAGGAGCAUAUGGUGAAAGGGGUGAGGAGGUGAUGUGUUUUGAUAUUGGAGAAUAGCAUUAGUUUUGUUUUUUAGGGUUGAGUAUCAGAUGGUAAUCUAAGACAGAGUUUUCUAUUUUUGUGAGAGAUGUUUGGAUUCAUUCUAGUAGUUGUGGUAUGGAUGGAGCUGAGCAAAUAUAGGUAGAAUCUGCAUAUUGUACAACUGUGGUAAGAUGGGUGGCUGUCAAAGUUUGUUUGUAAAUAUGGUGAAAAGUAGAGGGCCAAUGAAUGAGCCUUGUGAUACUCCAGCUGUGACUGCUAGUUGGGUAGAAAAUUCAUUUUGCCACUUGAUUGCUUGUUAAGUAGGUAAGAAACCAAGAAAGAGCUGGGAGAGGUUUAGUGAUGAUAGUUCUUUGAGUAGUACUGUAUCAAAUGUCUUAGACAUAUCAAGAAAGAUGGAGGAUAUGUGAUGACUCUUACUUCUGAGUUCAUUGAUUGUGCUGGUAAAACUUAUUAAAGCAGUUCUGGUGCUAUACUUGGCUCUAAAGCAUUGUUGGUAUUGGAAAGCAAUUUAUUGCUUUCUAAGUAGUCAAUAAAUUGUGCAUGUACACAUUUUUCAAGAAUGUUCGUAAGAGGUGAGAGUAUUGCUAUUGGUUGGUAAUUUGAGAAAUCAGUAGAAAUAAGUGCCAUCAAGUGAUCACUUUUAAAUCAUAUCAAUAAACUUGGCCAUGCUGUUCAACAUUUCAGUAUUACUGUGCAAACUACAUAGACAAUUGUGUACCUAUUAGGAGGCAUAAGAAAAAUACAUCACUCAGGUUAUUAGACACCACCACAAGAAAACUAAUGAAGGCCAUAUAACUGGACAUUAUACAAAAAGUUUGGAAACAUCCAAUAUUUGUUACAUUAUAAAUAACAUAUAAAUAAGUGCCAAAAACUACUGUGACUUUCCAAAGAAAAAUACUUCCUGUAACUCCAUAAUAAUAACAGAAACAACCCUUCAGCCUUCUAGAGCACUCCUAUUAAACUGAUGUUCAACUACAAAAAAAUUGACACUAACCCACUUCAGUUAGCACACUAUAAAGGUACCGUAGCUGCUUUUGCAAACCAUUAUUGACAGAUACUCAUCAUGUGUUAGUACCUAACUCGACAUCUGCCAAAUUCACAUUUAAGUUUAUUACCUUUGGAUACUCAAGAAGACUACUGCAUAAAAUAAAACCAUGUGGAUUACCUUUCAUGGACAACCUCCCUCCAACAUUCCUAAAAAUGUUUCACCCACCAAAUAGUAUGAACAGUAACACAGCUUAUCAACAGAAGCCAAAAAGAAGAGUCUCACUACAAAAAACAGUGAAAAAUCUAAGUCCAAAAACUACAGACCAAUAUUCAUCCUAAGCUUCAAUAUUCUUGAAAAGGUUAUGACCAUUCAACUAAUUAUCUUCCUUCACCAAUAUUGAAAUCAUUGAGUCACAACAUAGUUUCUGCAAAGAUCAUAGCACAAAAACAAUACUUGCUGACAUGCUAAACUUCACUGAAACUGAAGCUGACAUGGACAGAAUUGCCACUUCAUUUUCACAGAUUUCUCCAAAUCUUUUUUAUACAAUCAAAACCUUUUAUGUUACAGACUUUUAAAACUAAGAUUCUCUAAUAUGGUAAAUUUGUUUAAUUUCUAACUUGCAGGACGGAGAGCAUACCAUAAUAUGGAAUAACUAUAGUUCCCACUAAUUCAUUUCUAAUAUUGGUGUCCCACAGAGAUCGCUUCUUGAAUCACUACUGUUUUUAAUCUUUAUCAGGGGUAUGUAUCUAUAAAUUAACAUCCUUAAACUGGUUCAACGCACUGACAAUUUCACAAUUUUAUGUAGUGAACUUAAUAUUAAUACCACUGUUUACCAUAUGCAGUCCUCUAUCAACACUACUUACCCAGUGAAAUUACUCAAAAUCAUUGACCACACUGUUUCUAACUUUGUCAUCUUCUUCCAAUAUACAUAUUGAGAUGUAACUAUCAAUAAAAUAUUUUCAUUUUUGGAACAUAGCAACACUGUAUAGUUCAUGAAAUACACAAAAUUCCAGGCUGCCUCUUCUAAAUCAACACUAUUGGCUACAUCAGAGAUUACCUUAGCUGACUUACUAUUCAUACACAAAAUACUUUUGGCUUCUUGGCAGUAAUAAUUUCAAAUUCACUUACUAUAACAUGAUUGCAUUUACAGCACAACUCAUAGCAGAUAAUCACAUCUGCAAUAUUUUCAACAAGCUUUUUUUCAGUGACCUUCUCAAGCAAAUUAAACUUCAAUCUUUGUAUUUUUUGCUUAUACAAUACUAUACAACAACACAUGCCCAACUCUUAACUUCUUUCCUAAAUGAUAAAAGACAAACAGAACUCAUCAGUCCUCUGACGAAGAUCAACAUGUGCUCAAAACCUCCUUCAUAAUCAGCAACAAAGCCCCUUCUACCUUAGUGCUGGAACUCGAUACCUGACAAAGCCCCUUCUACCUUAGUGCUGGAAAUUGAUACCUGACAAAGCCCCUUCUACCUUAGUGCUGGAACUCGUUACCUGACAAAGCCCCUUCUACCUUACUGCUGGAACUCGGUACCUGAAAGUGAGAAUAAUCUCAGAUUGCACAGUAAGAAGAUGCUCAGGGAGCACAUCUGUAAUCCUGCUAAACCCAUGAAGUGGGGUAUUACUGGAUUUAAAGCACUGCCCUGUUAAUUCUCACCUACUACCUUACUGCAUCCUAACUGCACUAUCAAGAUUACUAACCUUACUAAUACUUUCCCUACCUUUCACUACACAUUUUUCAUGAUUUAAUUAACCUAAUAUUUCCAUUACCCUUUUUCCAUUUUCCCUCACUACUUUGUCUUUUUCCUGGCAGGAGGUUAUGAGUUCUCAUUUUUGCUUAAAUCUUUCAUUGAAUGUAUGCAUAUGUGUUGUAUUUUGAAAUUGUGUUGACUGAAUUUUUAUAUUUUUAUAUGUUUAAUGUAUUCGCCAACUGUAACACUUGAAAAAUGCACACAAACUGAUGGAAAGACAAACAGGAACCAGGAUACAAUCCACCACAAGUUUAUUUAGUGCUUUCGUUUCAGUAAAUAAGAAACUUUUUCUGAAGAAGUUUCUCAUUUACUGAAACAAAAGCACUAAAUAAACUUGUGGUGGAUUGUAUCCUGGUUCCUGUUUGUCUUUUCAUCAUGUUUGAUGUCUUGUAGUCUCUCAUGUGCCAAUGCACUAAGUCUCUACUUCUCUAUACCAUUUAUGAUAUUUCAGUUUGUUUAAAUUCUUUUGUACCUUGCUGCUUUUGGGUUCCCUCUGAAAAUGGGCUUUAGCCUAGCUACGCUAAUCUAAGUAAAAUGUAAAUAAAUUAAUAAAUAUCAAAAAUCA